AUGUGCCCAGAGUGUAUCACACUUACCUCGUGCAAGAGUGCUGGCCUUAAAGAAAAAUUGGAGCAAGCUGACUUGGUUGGUGAUGGUAGACUUCAUUCAUUGUUGGCUGAUCUAGGCACUCCUACAGGAUUUCCACAAAUUCUCACUCCAAUAGUUGAUACGGCUUCCAAGGUGGAGCUGCCCUUAGAAACACCCACUGAACAGAUUGGUAACAAAUACUGGCAAACGCAUGAUGACUCUGUAGACAAGAUAAAUCAAGAAGAGCACAUGUAUGCCUUUCCAUCUUCAUUCCUUGGUGAGACCCCACCUCCCUUCUCUGCUACAGAGCCAUUAUUUGCCGAGGAUCUUUCUAAUUUCACGUCUCUACCUUCUCCUUCUACCAUGAGUAAUACUGACUCAUUUAAUGAUGCUCAAAUGGUGAAGGUCCUGCUUGCUCCGGAAAAAUCUUCUUUUGAUCCAAAUGAGGUCGGUGCCAUCGUCGAUGGUAAGCGCAAAAUGUCCUGCGUCUUUAACGUUAAAACUGCUGAAUAUGAACCGCCACCACUAUCCCUGAGUAAAGAGCUACAACUCAUCACUGACAUUAAUAAAACCAAGAUAACAAAUACCGUUUGGGGCAUCCUCGAGUCCAGAUUGAGUGCCUCUGAUUUUCAAGAGGUGGAUAUAACCAAUAUAGGUAAAUUGGUUCUUCUGGAUUAUAUGGAAAAAGUUCGUUUUAAUGGUGAAGACUUCUACAAAGAGCCAUUGGUGAUACUUUUUGAAUCUGCCUUAGUGGUACUUAACAAUACUGCAUCUGAAGUGAUUCUGAUGCAAGCCAUUGAUGUCGAUGAUCGCAUCUCUUCAGUUUAUGCUGAUGAAGCUAACGAGUCCAUCAUAAUCAACUUCACAAUUCUUCAGCUACCUGAAAUCUGCUUUGAUACAGGGAGCAAGAUUAUUUUGCAGAAGUGGACAAAAAUCCUUAAAAUCCUUAUGGCUACAGCCAAUAGCAGAGAUAAUGAUUCCAGCGAGAUGGCGACAUUUUGGCAACCACAAAAAGCAUCAGCUGUGAGCAACCAUAUUCCCUUGAUUCAAGUUUCUACCAAUGCUUGGAACAUUCUCGCAGAUUAUGAUGAAGAUUCGAUUCCUGAGAGUGUUCGUAAGUUUAAUAGGCUGAUAACCAAGGGUUUGGAUCUUCCCUUUGAUUAUCUUAACAGACAGAUUUCGAAACCUGAAGGGGCUCCAGUUAACUUGAUCCUUACAAUUCCUCUCUAUAAUUCAGAGGAUUCAGAGUUCUCCGACUCUCAGUAUGUUGAUAAAGUGAAAAGCAUUAUUCGCUCAGCUUUCAAUUUACUCGGUAACGAAGAUAAGAUUGGUCUUGUGUUUUUGAGUAAGAAUGCAUCGGACCUUCUCUUAGGCCAUUACUAUGGAAUGGCAACGAAGUCGUGGCAUGGUUGGAAAGAUGUUCUUUCAAGUAUCACAGAGACUUGUAUUUCAAAUAAUGAUUCUCAACAAUGGUCCGAGGGCUUGCACUACCUUGAGAUCUUAGUUAACAUUGGUUUUUCUAAAGCCGAUGAUUGCAUCAAUGAAAUCAUUUUUGCUACAUCCGAAAUUCUUUCUGAACUGAAUAGCUCUAUCUCUAGAAUGAAAAGAAGCUUACAGCAAAGCAGUCAGAAAGGAAGAAAGGUCAGCAUUUCAGUGUCACAGGCUAUCCAACAGAUUUGUGAGGAUUCAAAUGCGAUGUUCUGUGGUAUUCUUUUAGCUGACGAAUUCCGUUACAGCACCACAGAAAAGUUGGUCCAUCACAACAAGCUGGUGAAUAGUAACAAACCAGGAGUUUAUUGCAACCGGAUUAAGGAUUUUCUGGUUCUCGACUUGGAUGACUAUAAAGAAGUUCUCGAAACAAUCCUUUGCGGUCUCGAUAAUAUAACCGUGCGAGAGAUUUCCACUUCUAUACACUUUCCUCCAGAAGUUAAACUUUUAGAGGUAGAGUUUCAAGGUGAGUUAAUUAAAGUUGGAAAGGACAAGCAGAGCAUUACAUUAAGACUUUCAAACCUUCAGUCUGGUUAUGAUAAGUCAUUCAUGUUUACGGUGGGCAUACAAUUGGAUGGCAUCGACAAUAGGGUAAUCACAAAAGGUGGGAAGAUUUCUAUAGCAACGGCAGAAACUCAUAUUCUUUCCAAUUCAUUCUCUAAUGAGUCAUUAUUGACUACAAACCUAGACGUGCGGUUAGCUCCUGAUGAACAGCGUCUUAUGGAUGCAUACACCCCGCUAAGUUUGACUAUUAGCAAUAAUAAAGACCAAGAAAUGAAUGAAGUUGCAAUUAAUGUCAAAUUACCAAUAGUCUCUAGACUCUCAGCAGUCAGUGAUGCUUUCUUCAUAAAAAGAAAGAUGGAACUUCAGGUAGCGACAACAAUUAAGAAUGUCAUUUUUCAAACCAGAGAAUUCAAUUUCUCCACUAAGGAAGCCAUGAAAAUGAAAAUUAAAGAAGUCAUCAACGAAAUAUGGGGAUUAUCAAAGUCGUGCAAUGAGUCCAAUACCGCUAACGCUGGAAACAGCAAUUUCAAGGUCUGGUCGGAACAACUUAUCGACGAGUUGACGGAUAUAAUGGAAGGAUAUUCGCUGCGAAAUCAUCAACUCAGCACACACAAAAGCUUUUGCUGCUAUUUGGCAAUAUUGUAA